AUGAGCUCUUCUUCUUCUUCUUCUUCAUCUCGGUUGUCUAACCGAAGGUCAGUGCGUGGAGUUCCAACAAGAUGUUGGUGUGGGAGAAACCUUGUGACAUAUGCUGCUCAAACCAAGGACAAUCCAUUUCGCAGAUUCUACCGCUGUGAGCUCGCAUUGCAGAGAAAAACUGAAGAACAUCUUUUCAAAUGGAUUGAUGAGGCUUUGCUUGAUGAGACAAAAAUGGUAGAGGAAAAGCUUGAAGAAGAGGUGAAAGAGUUGAGAAAAGAAAUGGUGAAACUUUUGGAUCUUCAAUCAAGUUUAACUCGCAAGAUGGAAAAAGAGGUGAAAGAGAAGGUGGAAGAGAAGGUGAAAGAGAAGCUGGAAGAGAAGUUAAAGGAGGAAAGUAUGAUAGCUACUGAGACUAAGAAGAAGAUGGCUGGAGAGAUGGCUCGAGAAAUGGCAAAAACGUGUAUGCAGAAACUUGGAAUCACGGUUUUGGUUGUUGGGACAAUAGGAUGGCUUUGUGGUAAUGUUAUUAUGAGUUAG